CUUGAAGGUUCGUCCUGGCCAAAAAUACCUGUACUGCACGCGCGCACAUUUUCUUCAUAAAAUGCACGUAGAAGGUCAAAUGGGACUGUUUUCAGUCCCAUAGAGAGAGGAACAGGCCAUCUUUGGGAGCCAGUCAUGGCAUGGACAGUGAAGAAGAAGGUGCUGGUAUAUUGUUGUACCAGUUGGAUUCUGUGUAUCCUGGGAGUAGUAAUGAUACCACUGGCCAACUGGCUUAUCCAACAGAGAGUAGAACAGAGUGUUGUGCUGGUUGAAGGCGGGGCUACAUAUGACAUAUGGAAAGAUACCCCAAUACCUGUAUACAUGCAGUUCUAUAUGUUUGAUGUCAAAAACCCAGAUGAAGUCCUGCAGGGAAAAAAGCCUUUUGUCGAGCAAAAGGGACCGUACACAUACAGGGAGACGAGGACAAAAUUUGACAUCAUUCAUAAUAACAAUGGAACAGUGAGCUACAGACAAAACCGCACCUUCCACUUUCGUCCGAAUAUGUCAGUAGGAGACGAAAAUGAAUGCUUUAUCACACCAAAUCCUGUCUAUUGGUCACUGAUAUCAUCCCUGAAGUGGAUGUAUCCUGGCAUCCGUGACAUUGUACGACUUGUCACCUCGUUUGAGAAGGAAAGUGUGUUCAUGAACCGCACCAUGUAUGAAAUAAUCUGGGGUUAUCAGGACAAAAUGUUGGCCGCAGCUCAAAACCUGGAUCGGAAAUGGUUCUACACUGACACUAUAGGCUAUUUCAUGAAUAAAAAUGCUACAAAUGAUGGAGUGUACACCAUUUAUACAGGAGAAACCAACAUCCAGUUCCUUGGUGGUAUUGACCGCUACAACGGAUCCAGUUACCUGGACUAUUGGAGCACACCCUAUGCCAACAUGAUCAAUGGUACAGAUGGCACAAUAGGGCCCCCAUACAGAGGCAAGAGUGAACCGUCCCCAGUGUUUUCAUCUGAUGUGUGCAGGUCAGCAGCUGGCAUGUACCAUGAGGAUGUAACCUCACCCCAGGGGAUAAAGCUCUGGCGCUACCUUGCACCCCCAUCCUACCUUGCCAAUGUGACUGUGAAUCCAGACAACAUCGGGUUCUGUACUCCCAAGUCCAAGUGUCUCAACACCGGCAUGCUCAACAUCAGUACAUGUCAGAUAGUGGAUUUUUUCCACAUUCCGGUGUCACUCUCAUAUCCUCACUUUAACCUGGCUGCCCAGGAAUACAAGGACUCUGUUGAGGGACUGGACCCAGUAGAGGAUGAAUACCAGACCAUUGUCGACAAAGAACCUUAUACUGGUUUAGUACUGCAAGCCACCAAGAAGAUACAACUUAACAUGUACAUACAGCCUAUUGGAGAGUUCGAAGUUACAAAAGAUAUCACACCUGUGUUUGUACCACUUUUCUGGAUUAACGAGAGUGCGGUAGUAGAUGAUGUGAAUGCUGACCUACUGAAGUCCAUGCUGUUUACACCUUUACUGGUGGUACACAUAAUAGAGGUCUCCCUUAUCUCCCUCGGCUGUCUGGUCUUAAUAGGAACGGUCAUCUACGGACUAUACCAACAACAAAGUAGUAGAAAGGAAUUAUUUGGUCAGAGAUUGAACAAAUGUAGUAUCAACUGUUUCCACAGACAACAUGACAUGGAUGAACUGGACAAACCACUUGUCACAGGUUGAAUCAAAUGUUAAAACAAUCAGUGAUCAAAGAAUGGAUUACAAACAAAUGUCACCAACAUCUUGACAUACAGAUAUAUAUAUAUAAUUUUGUCACUCUGUAUAAUUUUUUCUCCCAGAACUUCCUCAGUUUUUUGAAAAUGGGGUGAUUGAGCCAACACAGUUGUCUUUAGAGGUGGAUAAAAGUUUCUGUGCCUCCCGUCCAUAUACCCUAAAGUAUGCAGUAUGAUUGAUAGAAAAGAGCUAUAUGUAAGUAGAAGUCAGUCACAACAGCCGAAGAAACUGGGUUUAUCAACUUUUGAAGCCAAAGGUAGGGCGGAACUGGUUGACUUACAAUAAUUGGCCUCUUCCCUUGUUGUGAUUGACCUCUACUCCCCUUCCCCAGUUUUCAGUACACACUAGUACAUGAUUUCAAUUCAAAUUUUACUUUUAUUUUAAGUUGGUUAGAUAUAUUUCAUACUCAUAUUGUCUAUAUUUAUGAACCAUUAUUUUUCUUGUUCGUAGAUAUGAGUGAAGUAUUUCCUGCACUUUUUUGUGAAUGAAAACCAGGAGUGUUAGAAUAGAGGAUACAAAAAUGUAUCUCCCCCGAAUCAAUCUCUGUAUACGGAGAAAAUUGUUAUUGGCUCCACCUGUCAUUAAUACAUGUAAAUAUAGCUGAUAUAAAUCACAUAUAAAGCCAAGCCCGGUCAAGUUUGUACAUAUGGUAAUUAAAAUAAUGAUAUCUAGCUCAGAUACUUUCAAAUCUAUCAAUUCUUAAAGUUGAUUGGCUUACCAAAAGGUCAUCCAGGUUUGACCUCAUGUUAUUGAUUUGGGGAGAUGUAUCAAUGAAUAACUGGGGAAAGAAUAAUUUUAUUAUAACAAGAAAAGAAAGCAUUGUAAUUAGAAUUGUGUAUACCUGGUUUACUCAUAAUUUUUUUGAACAUCAAAAAGAGAAUUAUUUUAUUAUUGUACAUAUUUGUGGAAUUAUUGGAUGGAGAGUCCUACCUGUGUUAAGACUGCCUUUUCACUGAUGCAUGUGUAUCAAUGCAAAUUAUUUGGCGAGACCUGGGUUCCUGCGGACUAUAGACAACACCAGGCCCCCAAGUUCUGUACAUAGAUAUAAUGUGGUGUCAGUUUGUUUGCGUGUGCGUUUGUGUGCAUGUUCAGUAUCAUUGUAAAACAUUGACUAUGUCCUCAAGAGUUGUGUGCUUUUAUUAGGUUUCAUCAAAAUACAGUUAAGAAUUUUAGAGCUUUGACGUAAAGAGUUCCUAUACUUACAUAUAUAAAGAGAUUUGUAUUAUCUAAACUUUAUAUCCCAUCCAGUUCUGUGGUUGCCGGGUAGUAGAUAAAAUAAAAACAAUGAAAAAAAAAAAAAAAAAAAGUCUGUCAACAAAUAUCUCAACAGUGACAAAAAAAGGUACAUGUACUUUCUAAACAAACCAACUCAUAAUAUCUACCUUAAUAUUUUUUUAUUAUGAAACAAGAUGUAUGGCUGCAAGAAUGUUGUUUCAAUAGGUAGUUGUUGAGAUUGGGUUUGAUACAUGAUGAGAGGGAUUUUGUUGAGAUAUAAAUGUUUACCAGAUUUCAGUACCUACUGCUGCUUGUGAUUAAAAUCAAUUUACUUUCUAAUUAAUGAUGUAAUAUGCAAAAUUUUAUCAUUCUUGUUUUAUGAGCUAUAUGUAAGAUGUGAACAGGAUAAUGUGUGAACAAGUAACACAUGAAGUAGUUUUCUGUAACUAUACACACUCUGAUUUGGAAAUCAGUCAUAGAAAUUCAAAGGUGGAAAUAGAUUUUAGAGUAGAUAACUCUCAUGUUUCAACUCACACCCACAUUGGCAUGAGCUGCCUUAAGUCUUUUAAGGCAAAAGAAAAAAAAUCUCCACAGGCGAUGAGAUGAUGUGGAUUUAAAUCUAGACUGCAGGUAACCUGGGGGAUUUACAUUGACCAGAAAUUGAAAUACCGUGGUAUAAUGUUGAUUUCUUUUUAUAUCUACCUCUGGCAAAGAAGCAAAACUUCUCAACACUACUAAUUUCCAAGCAUCCAAAUUUCCAUCCACAUUUUGAUGGGGAUGUAUUGCUGUAAUGACCUUGAAGUUAGGUAACCUUGGAAACAUGGGAAAUUAAUGCUCUAUUUCAUGUAUAUAGCAAUUUUUUAUCAAUUUGUGUUAUUUCACCCUCAAAUAUUAACUUGUGUUUUGUAAAUAUUUAUUUUGCCAAAUUCCUGAAACAGUUGCCAUGGUGACAGAUAAGUCACCAAUCAUAGGCCUACUGACAACUUCAGAGGGCCUGUUCUGUGCAGAAGUGGCCAAUACACGAAAUUCCUCAAUUUUAUACAAAUUCACAUUAGAUGACAUGGACAAUUGAUGAUAGCCUGGAGUGUGGGCAAUGUCUGGGAAAGUUUGUGGAGAAUGAUCUGUUAGUGACAGAAAUGUCUGCUGAGGGGAAACCAUGAUCUGUUAGUGACAGAAAUGUCUGCUGAGGGGAAACUAGUGUAGGUUGUGUGGACUUUUAUGUUCUGUUAUAUGUAAUUUCCAAUGCAUGUAGUUGGUAAGAACAUUUUAUUAUAUAUCCAUUAAGCAUUGUUAGUAUAUUUUUGAUGAAUAUUUAAGAAAUGUUUGUAUCUAGAUUGUUUUGUUAUCAGGAUACUCUCAAUUUCAUCUUACACAUCAGCCAUCCUCAAUCUUCAUCUCUUUUCCAAAUCCUUGUUAAGUUUUUCAUACCUUUCCUGUUUUCUUUCCGAUGAUUUAAUGUUUGUUCCUGUGAUUCAACUGCCUGUAGUAUUGGUUGUGUUGUAAUUUUAUUUCAAAUGUGAGUUUAUAAAUAUUUACACAAGUGCUCUAAAACUGUUCUUAUUUAUACUGUCAGGUGAGGAUGACUUUAGUGAAGUGUUCUUUCUCAGACAAAAUAUAAUAAUGUUACAAUUUAUUGGAUUUAUUUAUUAUUUCUGUGCCGUCUUCCGUUAUUCCUAAAAAGAGAUUUUGUCUCAAAUUAUUUUCCUGGUCAAGCUAUCAAACAUUUUGUUGCAUACGGGUACUUGGGAGGUAGUUACUGCACAUUUUGCCUCAGUAUAUGUAUACAAGCUGUCUUCAGUAUCACGGAAACUGCCGCGAGUUUCGUUCAUAUAGAUAUGUCAUUGGAUACAUAUAUUCAUGAUUCAAUUGUGCUAAACCUUUAAGAUUUUGCAAUAAAAGAUCUGACUUUGUU